CUCAGACAAUGAAGUGUGUAAAGACACUGAGCUGCAGGAAUGGAUCAGUGAGAUAUUCACACAUGGCAUCUUGGGAAACAAAGCCUCAGGGUUUCCAGAGAGCUUUCAUACUGCCGAGGAGCUGACCAAAUUCAUCACCAUGGUGAUCUUCACAGUGACCUGUCAACAUGCUGCAGUAAACAAUGGACAGGUAAUUAGUUUGGACAUUGGAGUAUGUCUUGAUGUUUAAUCGGGUAUGGUUUUGUUUAACACUAAAACAGAUGUAUGAACCGGUUUGUAAUCUGCUUUUCAUUCAUUACACUUUUUCUUUAGCUGAGUAUUACAUUUGGGAAGAGGUUUCACAGAAUAGUCGACUAUCGUGGGCAUUGUGCAUUUUUGUAGACUAAUCAAGAAUAGAAUAAAAUGCAGCAGUCAUGGAUACCAUACACAGGGGCAAAGGUUAAAUUCCCAUUGUAGAGUUGCAUAACUUUAUCCUGCAAUGUUUGACAUUAAUUAAGUUAAUUUGUUUUCGAUCAAUGUUACAUAUUGAGAUUUCUUUCAUUUAGUUUGACAACUUCUCCUGGAUGCCAAAUGGCUCACUCCUGCUGCGCAAACCUCCUCCAACCACGAAGGGGCAGUCGAGCAUGGAGACACUUUUGGAGACUCUCCCAAAUGUUGGUGACACAGUCAACAUUGGAGCACUCAGUUGGAUACUUUCAGAGAAGUACACUGACAUGGUAGGGUUGCCGAUGAUCAAUACUCACAACAUUCUAAGUGUUUAUAAUAAUUUAUACCGAACACAUUACUAUGUCAAUCUGAUUUACUGUUUGGUUGUGUCCUUUCGGCAGGUUCCCAUAGGUACAUACCCCAAAGAGCGAUUCAAUGAGCCUGCUCCAAAGCAGAUGAUUAAGGAAUUUCAAGCAGAGUUGUCCUCCCUCAGUGAAGCAAUUACAACAAGAAACUUGCAGCUUGAAAUACCUUACAGCUACCUGGACCCUGCUCAGAUCGAGAACAGUGUUGCUAUUUAACUCGAGCUGUUUCAUCUCUCUGCAUGAGGAAACUACAUCAAUACUCUUUCAACAUCUGUCUUGCAUGCUUGGUUGUGGGUUAAACUUUGGGACACUAUAAUCUAGGGCUAGGCUGUAUUAUGUUAAGUCGGCCUAAGAUGGGGAACCUGUAUCUUUGUGUAAAUCAUGUUUUACAUAGACAUAUGGAAUUAAUUAAUUAAAUUAGCAAUUUAGGGAGCAAAUGUAUAUGUUGCAGCACAUUGCAUGUGUGUUAGGAUACAUUGACCACCAAUUGGCAAUCUAAAUGGAUACUUUAUAACAUAAGAAAAUAUUGGUCCUUCAUAAAGUGACAUAUCAGAUCUGAUUGGUAAUCAGCCCAGCUGAGGACAAUCUGUGUGUGUGUGUGUGUAUCUGUGCGCCUGUCUCCAUAAAGGAGCAGUAGGGACUGAGGAGCGAGGUGGGGAGAGCAGAGACAGUCUGAGGGGAAAUAAUAAAAUAUAUUGCCAAAUAUCUCUCUUGUUGCUGAUCCUUUGGUGCUGAGGGGGCUACUGGGAGCUACUGGUGGCUACUGGUAACACCCUGAAACCUGUUACAACUAUAUUUAACAAUUGGCAGCAUUGGGUGGCAAUCUUGCAGGCACUUGUAUUAGUUAAUUUUAGUGCGAUGUAUGGUGCGCGGUAAUUCUGACGGAGUGGGACCUCAUUCUUUCUAGCCCCUUCUUUGCUGCAAACUAUCCCAUUUAUUUUUAGAACACACUUUACAGUCAAUAGGCCACGCAGACUGAAUACAACAGCUACAAUAUAGGCGUUACAACAAACCAGCCAUACUAAACGAUUGAGGACAUAUCAUUUGGUUGAGGCUUGAACAAUGUUAUUUAGGUUCGGUGUCGUCCUCACUCCGGAGUCUCCGGACGUAGAGGUCUCCGUGUUGGGUUCGCGUGCAGAAAUGGGCGGCUGGGACCCGCGCGCAGCGGUUCAGAUGAGAGCCUCACAGAAGCACCUGCUGUCGACUCAGGAACCGUGUCUGUGGAUCGGCGACGUCCAGCUGGCAGAGCCGUUCAAAGACGCAUUAUGGUUCAAGUUCGUCAAGAGAGUCCGCGGCAUUUGUGUCUGGGAAGGUAGUGGUCCCAGCCAUGACAGAUGUUGUUCCUAUGAUGAGAGGAACGUUGUGGAUGGAGUGUACUGCCAUCCGAUUGGUCACUGGAUAGAGGAAACGGGACACACAGAUGAGAUGAAACACACCACCAACUUCUACAUUGGUGUGGCUGGUCAGAAGGCCAUUCACUUCUCCAGGGUGCUGCCACAUAUUUGGCUGGGCAGCUGCCCUCGACAGGUGGAACAGGUGACGAUAAAGAUGAAGCAUGGAUUGGGAAUUACUGCAGUGAUGAACUUCCAGACAGAGUGCGAAGUGGUGAACAACUCCGACGGCUGCAGGCGCGACCUCGGAGAAGCCAUGACCCCUGAGACCAUGAUGCAUUUGUACAAAGACUGUGGCCUGGUGUAUGUGUGGAUACCCACACCUGACAUGAGCACUGAGGGUCGUACCCGGAUGCUUCCCCAGGCUGUGUUUUUGCUUCAUGGUCUGUUGGAGAAUGGUCACACUGUCUAUGUUCACUGUCACGCUGACGGAGGCCGGUCGACGGCAGCUGUGUGCGGCCUGCUCAUGUACGUCCUCGGCUGGAGUCUGAGGAAGGUGCAGUACUUUGUUGCAGCCAGGAGGCCGGCGGUGUGCAUGGAUGAGACGGCUUUGGUCCGGGCUCAGGCCGACUUCACUCAGAAGUUUGGACGACUACGACCAUCCAUCUCUUGCACAGAUACAUGAGAAGUUAGUUUCCUUACACUAUGGGACGCUCCACUGGACUGAACUCUGGGAAAGGAAUAUGACGUCUGUAAAAAGCAUCCUCUGUAGAAGGUGAAAUAACUAGGGCUGUCAGCGUUAACGCGUUAAUCUAUGCGAUUAAUUUGGCCGCGUUAACGCACUAAAAUAUUUUAAUGCAAUUAAUGCAACUUUGUUUACUUCCGGUGUGCCUUGAAGUUUUUACACUCCUCUGAGUGUCAAACCGCGGCAGUACGGUUUAACACUGUUUCCGUUAUUAAAAAAAAUAUUUUUCCGCGAAAAUAAGGAGCAGAAAUCAGUUUAAACUCGUGGAUGAAUCAGUCGGGUUUCCUCCUGCUCCUCCUUCCUCCCGUCUCCCCCUCUGAUACACAGAGGAACGGAGGGGCGACGUGUCGGGUGACGCAGCGCGGAAAUAACUCGUCACACGAAUCCGUUUGUCUGUCAACAUUUUGUGAAAAAAACAACCAAUGAACACUCAGUAAAUCACAAAGGACCUCCCACCACAGGUGAGGCUCAUUAGCAACCUGUCAGUCAGAGAGCAGAGAACACGGUGCGAGGACAAUGAGCCUCAUUGAAUAGAGCUGAGAUUGUUCUGGAAUGUUUGAUGUAGAACACGUGGGUAUGUGUCACAUUAAAACGCCUUUAAAAGGUGAAUUUACAUUUUUUUGUAAAAUGGAGAACAUGCCCCCAGCCUCCAGAGGGUUAACGUGACAUAUGUGAAUGUCAGUCAGUUUAUCAAGGCCACUGGUUCUGCUGCUGUUCAAUGUUAAAGAUGACAGGACCAAUGGGGUCUCUAAUACACCUUUGUUUACUAAUCUGGAUGUUUCACUGAAGAAACAAUUUAUCAUCCACGAUAUUAAAUACCUCGCUGGCACUUUAUAGGUAGGAGCCUCUUUGAAAACACAGCUCUGUGGGAAGUUUUGUCUUUAAAAAGAAGAAAACAAAACUUUUAAUCGCAAUUAAUGACUUUCAAAAUAUGCGAUUAAUUAGUUAAAUUUUUUUAAUCGAUUGACAGCCCUAGAAAUAACCUAUCGCAAGAAGAUGUACUCGACACAUGAGACACUUCAGCUGAGUGGCUUUUAAAAUCUGGUUGAUCUCCAAGUGUCUGAAGAGAGUUCUGCUGUCCGACAGCAAGUUGUUUCAAACUGUUAAUCCUAUUUUGAUGCGCUGGCUUCUAACUUCAGGAAUUAUCGUCUACUAUGGAGCAUAUACAGUUACAUGUUGUGCACUUGGAGUCAGCUUCAGGACUCUAGUAUUCACUAAAGGGUGCAGUGGUGUUUUAAAAGACCUUUUCUUUUCGUCUUUUUUGUUCUAAACAAAUCAGAGAAGGACAUUUUCGUUUAUGUGUUGAACAUCAAUGAAUGAGUAUUAAAACCGAAAUAAAAGUAUCUCUCUACUACCUUUUACUUUCAGCCAACAGGCUGUGCUCCCCAGGAAAGGAUUUUUUUUCCCACAGUUGCUAAUGUAUUAUUAUGGAUCAAUUUCUUUUUUUGGGACACAGUAUUAAUGCUGUAUGAACCUGGCACGCGUUGCCAAAGCAACAAAUCUAUUCCUCAAACCAAAAUAACGACAAUGCCUGUUCCUCUCGGUCAGAAGAAUACGGCUCCGCCCCGUCUCUCCCAGAGAGCCUGACAGCAUUUCAUCUUUAUUUAUUAAUCCGACAGAUGCUAUUCCAACCCAUCACCUAAAUAAUGAAAACUAAAUCCCCGCCAGACCAUUUCAAUGCAUACACAAUUACACAUUAUGGAAUACUGCUUGUCAAUGUUGAUCAUCCUCCUAGAUUCCUAUUUUGGAUAUAUUGUUUUUUUUAAGUUAGUGUUUUGUGUGUGUGUGGGGGGGGGGGGGGGGGGGGAUUGAACCCUGCAUGUGUGUUAGUGGAAGCAAAUCAUUGAGGAUUUUUAAUAUGUUCAAAGAAAAGUGUGUGACUUUCGUUUUUCUUUUGAAGAAGCAGAAUAUUUAUAGGAAAACUCUGUAUGUGUAACACCCUGCUCUGUGUCUCAGCUGUGUCUCCUUUGUGUUUCCUUUGUGUCUUGAUUGUUUCAUUCCCUUUACCUGCUCUCAGCCACUCCUAUGUCUCCCUGAUUGUCUCAUGCCAUACACAUGUCUCCCCCCCUGUAUAUUGUGCCAGUUGUUCCCUUGUCCCGUCAGUUUGUUUUCUGCAUUUACUAAUGUUUCUAUGAGUGUCACUUAUUCCUGUCAGCUUUCACAGUGUAUCUUUGUUCAACCUUUUUCCUCAAGUAAAGAGAGUUUUUGUUUCUAUUUAAAGCUGGAGUCCAGCCUUGUUUCCUCUGCACCUGAUCCUCACCCUGUGACCCUCUGUGUGCAGAAAGGAUGUAUAAUGACAGCUGGACAGUGUUGGAGGUGGGUUAUUGUCAGUGAUGGAUGUUGGAAAGCAUUUGUAUUCCAUGUGAUUUCCAGGAUCUGCCAAUCACCUAAACCGGUUCCCCUGGAUCCUUGCAUUCACAUUAGUAAAUAUUUUAUGUUGCAGAUCGAGCCACACAUAUCUCAAAAGUACAAUUUAAUCCAGAAUGUGCCCAGAAAAUACUGUGUGCUUGUUUGGAUAAUUUUCUUUUGGCAUACAAUGUCCCUGAAGCCCUCAGUUUGUAUUUAUUGAUCCUUCUGCUUCUUUAUUCCAGAUAUUAAUUAUUUAAAUGUGCUUAUGCAGUACACCUACUACUAUUUUUAUGAAUGGAUCCAUCAACGACAUUUUCUCCACUGUAAAGUGAAACAACUAUAAGAAAAAUAAACACUUAAACAAC